AUGGGCAUCAGCGCAGGCAACCUGGCCGACCUUCUGGCGGGCCAAUUCGCGGCCAGACCCCCAGCCCUGCAGGCACCACCUCCAGAGGCAGCCACCCUGUCAAUCCCAUCCUCCUGCCACCAUGCGGACUGGGUGGCUGCACAAAUACAAGCACUGUGCAGUGAACCAAUUCACAUGUACGAUUUGAAGGCGGCACUCCAUCAAACCAGGCGAUGCAGCGCUCCAGGAGCUGACAGAAUCACGUUCCAGAUGCUGCGCAACUUGGCUGAUGCCGAGAAGGAGCGGCUCCUAGAGUGCGUCAACACCAUCUGGGACACCGGUGUCCUCCCUGAGAGCUGGCUGGUUGCAGUCGUCACACCAAUCUUGAAAUCCCGGAAGCCUGUCAAAGCCCUAUACUCAUACAGCAGACGGGGUUCAGGUGCCAACGCUGCACGGCAGACCAUCUCCGAUGUGGUGGCCACCCUUGAGGAUGCAAAGGCCAUGAGAGACGUGGCAAUGCUGGUGCUGCUGGACGUACAGAGUGCCUUUGACGGACUUGCUCGCGCGGUCAUCGAAGCCUGCCUAGACCGUCUCGGCCUGAGCGGCUGCCUUAGGAGCUUCAUUUCCGCCUUCCUGACCGGCCGACCCUUCCGGAUUCGCCUUGGACAGGAACUUAGCGAGCCCAGGGAUAUCACGACUGGCGUCCCACAGGGAUCGCGGCUCAGCCGACUCCUGUUCCACAUGGCUGUCGCGGGCCUUCCCACAUCUCUCCCGGUGGACCCAUGGUUCCCUGUUCGCUGCUCCAUUUAUGCCGACGACGUGGCACUCUGGACGCGGGGGCCGAGGAAGUCCACGCCAUCCAUUCGGUGCUCGCUACAACGGGCGCUAGAUGCAGUGACGACAUUCCUUGGUAGCAUAGGCCUCACUGUCUCCACAGCCAAGACCGAGGCCAUGCUGGUUCAUCCAUUGGCCUCAGCUCAAUCGUACACAAAGCAGCUGAAGAUUUCUGGGCGUGCCCUACCUUGGAAGCAAAUGGUGACUUACCUGGGGCUCGCCAUUGACCAUCGGAUCACUCGCAUUCCUGCAGCCAAGGCCGCCACUACCAAGGUGCGCAGGGUGCAGGGAGCUGUCAGCAAGCUGCAGCAGCAGCAAGGACGUGGCUGCUCCCCAAAGUGGGCACUGCGGCUGAACCAGGCUGCAGCAACGUCCAUGCUCUUCCUCCGUAUCCGAGCUCUCCGUAGCCUCUCGGAGUUCGUGGAGUCGAACGAGAUCCCUGCCCAUCGCUAA